AUGGAGAUGACAGCUAAGCUUAUACCCCCUGAAAGUAGCACAAUCACAGCUUCCACAUUUACAUCCACAGUACAUGCACCAAGGCAGAUAAGAACAGCAGUAAUUGACACCCAAAAAUUCCCGAGCUCAGAAAUCACCAAAACGUCAACCCCCUAUCCGCUGACAAUUACAGCAGCUUUGACAUCUAUUACGAGCGUGACGGCGGCUCCGUCUCUGGAAUGCCACCUCUCCAGGAACCAGAUGCUCAAGACAGUGCUGCUUCUGAACACGAGGAGGUUACUGAUGAGCAGUUCCUUCAGGGAAAGUGUGAGGAAAGGACUGAACCAAAUGUUGAGACAAGCCUUCAACCAAAACGUCAGCGCUCAGCUUGAAAUCCUGGAACAAUCAAAUAAUGUAACAGUUGGUUACUAUGUUACACGGGAGAAGCUGGUUUUCAUGCCAGCUGCAGUAAUUGAAAGGCUUGUUGCUUAUGGUAUUAGCAAUGCCACAGCAGACAUAAAGCAGCACGUCCCAAGUCUUCAGUCUGUUGCUGUCCUGGCCUUACCAUGGAAUCCCCUACCUGCAUACCACUUCCAGCUGAAAACAGAGCUGCAGUUUGUAGGACAAACAGACAAUAUUCAGUCAUGCAAAUUUGUUCAGACCAUGGAGCAGCGAUUACAGAGAGCGUUUCAGGAUGCUGAAAGAAAGGUCUUAAAUACCAGCAACAACUUAACGGUUCAGAUUUUGAAUGCUUCCAAUGUCUCCCAAGCUGUCACUCUGUUUUAUGUAGUCAGCAAUCAAAGUACGACUCUAAAUGGUACCAUUUCCAGCAACCUUCUUAACCAGCUGUCGGCUGAACUGGUGGGAUUCUAUCUAACCUACCCGCCCCUCACCAUUGCAGAAUCUCUGGAGUAUCCAAAUCUUGAUGUCUCUGAGUCAACUAGAGACUACUGGGUGAUCACAGUUAUACAAGGGGUGGAUAUUUCGCUGCUGGGACUGAACAACCAGAGCUUUGCAAGAUUAAUGGAGCAGCGCCUGGCCCCGCUGUUCAUGAUGUCCCAUCAACAAGGAAGGCGCUUUAGACGCGCCACUACUGUGGGCAGCUACACUGUGCAGAUGGUAAAAAUCCAGCGUAUUCCUGGACCCAAAGAGCCAGCUGAACUGACAUACUAUACUCUGUACAACGGGAAGCCUUUGCUGGGUACUGCAGCUGCCAAAAUAUUGAGUACUGUUGACUCACAGCGAAUGGCCUUGACACUAGGUUAUGUCAUUCAAGUUCAAGCCGAUCCUGUUGUGAAAAACCCACCCAACAACCUGUGGAUCAUUGCUGCAGUGCUUGCUCCCAUUGCUGUGGUUACAGUUAUCAUCAUUAUCAUUACGGCAGUUCUGUGCCGAAAAAACAAGAAUGACUUCAAACCUGAUACCAUGAUGAACCUGCCUCAGAGAGCUAAGCCAGUGCAAGGCUUUGACUAUGCCAAGCAACAUUUAGGUCAGCAGGGAGCUGAAGAUGAGGUUUUACCUGUAACUCAAGAAACUGUCGUACUUCCACUUCCAGUUAGAGAUGCUCCUGCCUCCCAGGAGAGAGAAAUCACUCAAGAUGGGAGCACCAUUAAAACUGCCCAGUCCAACGAAACAAGGAAAAGCCGGUCGCCGAGCCAGGACGGCUCCGUGGACACCAGCGCGUCAGGAAAGCCCAGCUCCGGCCGCAGCUCCCCGCAGAAAGUAGCGGCCCAGCAAAAAGCCACCAAAGACGAAGGCAGGAAAAGAAAUGUGGCCGUAAGCGAUGAUGAGGAAGGAGGCAUUCUCUUUGAUAACAUUGCCAAAUCCACUAUUGAUCCCUUCGACACCUCUUCUGGAUCUGUACAGCUGAUAGCUAUCAAACCUGUGCCGCUGCCUGCAGUUCAUGCUGCAUCAGAGAGAAGCCAGGAGUCUGCCAUCAUUAACGGAGAGGUGAACAAAGCUUUGAAGCAGAAGUCUGAUAUAGAACAUUACCGCAACAAGCUGCGCCUGAAAGCCAAGAGGAAGGGAUACUAUGAUUUCCCCCAGGCUGAUAACAAUAAGGGGCUGACAGACAGAAAAAGGAUGUAUGAAAAAAACCCCAAAGAAAUUGACCACAUUUUGGAUCCAGAUACAGAUAUAUCUUCAUUUGCUGAACCUAAAAACAGGCAACAGAUGAAGAACUCUGUAUACAGAAGCAGGCAGUCUUUGAACAGCCCUAGCCCAGGAGAAACUGAGAUGGAUCUUCUAGUCACCCGAGAGAGACCUAGACGUGGAAUCCGUAACAGCGGAUAUGAUACCGAGCCUGAAAUCAUAGAAGAAACCAACGUGGACCGCGUUUGCAGCCUGGCGCCGGCGGGCCACGGCGGGCAGAGCCGGCAGGACGCGUACGGCUCCGCGCCGCACCUGCCCUACUCCGAGGUCGUGACGAGCGCGCCUGGCACCAUGACCCGGCCCAGGGCAGGCGUGCAGUGGGUGCCCACGUACAGGCCCGAGAUGUACCAGUACAGCCUGCCCCGCCCGGCUUACAGGUUUUCUCAGCUUCCUGAGAUGGUGAUGGGUUCUCCUCCACCCCCUGUCCCUCCCAGAACAGGUCCUGUGGCUGUUGCCUCUCUCAGGAGGUCUACAUCGGAUAUUGGCAGCAAAGUGAGAAUACCUGAGUCCAGUGGGGUAGAUCAGGCCCAGCAUCAUGAUCAGGCAUCUUUUGCCCCUGGUUCAAGAGCUCCAGUGUCUGUUGGUCCACUUGAUCAGUCAGCCUUUCACUCAGGAAACACAGUGCCAGCAGUGUUUGCCAUCCCUGCAGCAAACCGACCUGGCUUUACAGGCUAUUUUAUCCCCACACCUCCCGCAGCGUACAGGAACCAAGCCUGGGUGCCCUACGCUGGAGAGAACGAAUUGCCGGGGCAGUGGGCAGACUCGGUUCCCCUGCCCGGCUACAUCGAGGCCUACCCGCGGCCCCGCUACCAGCACGGCUCUCCGGCGCGGCUGCCGCGCCAGUACAGCCCCUCGGCAGCCCUGCACCCCAGCCUGGAGCACGCGCCGCUGCCCUCCGCCGCCGCCUCCCAGCAGAGCUUGGCGGAGCACGACCCUGCCGAGGCUCCUCUCACCAACAUUUCGACAGCUGCGCUGGUGAAGGCAAUAAGAGAGGAGGUUGCUAAGCUGGCCAAGAAGCAAACAGAUAUGUUUGAGUUCCAGGUCUAAUAUCUUU